AUGUUCCAUUGGGACCUGCCUCAGGUGCUGCAGGACAAGUACCAAGGCCCCAUCAGCCCCGAGUUUGUGGAAGACUUUGUGGCCUACGCUGAUGUUCUCUUCCAGAACUUUGGAGACCGCGUCAAGGAGUGGAUGACGUUCAAUGAGCCUCUGAUGACCUGCGAUGCCUCCUACGGCUUUGGCAAUUUUGCGCCGGCGUUCAAGGGCGGCCACAAGGCGCUGUACUCCUGCGCCCACCACGUCCUGCUGGCGCACGCGCGCACCAAGCAGCUGCAAAAAGGGAAGUACAGUGCGCAGCGCUCCAACGUCGGCAUCGCCCUGAACGUGGAGUGGGCGGAACCUAUGACAGACUCUGCCAAGGACAAGACGGCGGCGCAGCGCAACCUUGACAUCCAGCUGGGCCUUUUUGCUGACCCCUUGUUCCUUGGAAAGUACCCCAAGAUCCUCAAGCAGAAGUUUGGAGAGGCGGCCCGCAGCUUCACCAAGGAGGAGAGCCGCCUGGUCAAGGGGUCCCUUGACUUUGUUGGCAUCAACCACUACACCUCGAAGUACGUCAAGGCGAACGGCAGCCCCCUGGGCUACGUGACCAGCGUUUGGAACAGCAAGGGCGAGGUCAUCGGGCCCCUGGCGCAGUCCAGCUGGCUGCGCGUCUUCCCAGAGGGCCUGUACAAGAUCACCCAGUAUGUCACCGAGCGGUAUGGCCGCCCUGAGAUCAGGAUCACCGAGAACGGUGUGUCAGCCCCAGGGGAGGCGGCCAUGACCAAGGAUGCAGCCAUCCAUGAUACUUUCCGCCUCAACUUCUACAGGCACGUGGGGUCGCAGGGUUCUGAUGAGUUGGACUACCUCAACCAGCUCUGCCGCUCCCGCAAGGACGGCGCCCGCAUUUCAACCUACUACGCCUGGUCUUUCAUGGACAACUUCGAGUGGCUGCAGGGCUACACAGAGCGCUUCGGCAUCACGCACGUCGAUUUUGCCAGCCCCGGGCUUGAGCGCACGGUGAAGGACUCAGGUUACUACCUGUCAGAUCACUUUUUCAAAUCCAACAGGAAGUAG